CACACAUCUCAAUCACGCGCGAACAUCUUUACCAGUCACUUUAUCUCGCGAUGGCAAGUCUUGAUUCCGCAGCACCAGGCUACUAUACAGCCGUUACAGGUCCCGAACACGACAAACAGCUUGCAGCCCUGACGGACCAUCUUCAGCGUUCGGAUGCCAACUCAAAGGACCGUGCUCCUUCCGGACUCGAUCUUCACCUUGCCCUACUCAGCUUCCACCUCGAUCAACAACUUGUCCAAUUCAUCGACAACAUAAAGACCGUUCUCCUAGCAUGUGGAAAUCAUGAGAACCGGCUGGCGGUCUGGCUAUCUGCUUGGGAGCUGCUUUCGAACAGGUCUCUCAUUCUUGACCCUCAAGACACUGCAAGCAUUGAAAGGCUUGUCCACGCUGCACUUCAAGUAAAGCCAUCUACAGCUGUGCAGGGUCUAGUCACAACUACUUUCAAGGCCGGCAAACGCUCUCCAGACCGACUGAACACGCUUGAUCAGGUGAUGGCAUCCGUUGGUAACGGCGGCCAGCAGUUACAUGAGACAGGGGCUCGGUCCACGGAAUCCCUCCCGGAUCGAUCACCCGUACCCAAUCGUGCAACACCCAACGCCAGCAGCAGGAAUCAAAGCCACGAGUCAGCUCCACACAUCUCGGAGUCACAACAGAAUCCAUCAUCCAAACGACACCGCACAGCAACGGUCAUCGGCGAUGGAUUAGCUCCUCAUACCCCGGAGAUACAGCAGGAUCCAUCAUCCAAACGGCGCCGCACAACAACGAAUGUCGGUGAGAGGCCAGCAGACGUUGGUGUCAACUUGAGCAUUGGCGCACCCCAUGCGUCGCCUGUGCCUAUCAAUGAUUCUUCGCAGUUGGGAUACUACAUUGGGGUCGAAAGGCUACCAGCAGUCUUUCCUCGGUUGUUGUGCAGCUCAAUCCACCAGGAAGGGUUGCUCGCGCGUGUCAGUGCUCGCUAUCCACCGAACGCAAAAGAUUGCGGUCUCAAAAUGGAGAUCACGCCCACGCAGGUCACUGUCAUCGUCAAGGAGCUCUUUGGCGUCACCCUCGGGACUAACGAAAGAGGACGUUACAUUCUGGAUGUCGACAGCGGUGUCAGAACAGAGAUCAUGGGCAGUUUGCUGUUUACCAACCCCUCACUCGGGAACAUACGAGAGAUCUUCGGUCCACGCGUUAUUACGGCCUUCACGUUUAGCUACCGCUUUGGGUCAUACGAAGACACUGGCGAUCCAUUUCGCUGCCUCACUAUGGAAGUUUCUGGAGAAGCUGGCAGCAGAGGCCUUUUGAACAUAGUCCUAAACCCUGGCCAUCUGGAGAUGCUGGCCAACGAUCUUAUCAUGUAAACCUCAAUACGGGGGGGUUCUUGCGGUCUGCGCCAUCCUGUGACAGAUAUAGUGAAUGAACAUCCUUCAUCUCAAUCAUCCCUUGUGUUUCCGGUAUACCACAGUAUUCGUCCCCGUCUGUGGAAUAUUGGACUACGGCAUUUUUGAAGAGUAUCGUCCGAGGCGGCGGCGGACGUCGAGGCACAUCUCCAGGCCUACGUUGGGAAUAGUGGAAGCCAGCCUUGACGGGUUCUUUGUUGUUCAAAUCGUCGUCGGUGAUGGGAUGAACCUUAGGAGCGGUGUUGUCACUCUAUCCUGUGUUAGCUGUCGAUUCUGCAAACGACUCAGAAGAGAAACACAGG